CAGCCCCCGCGCCACGGCGGCCCCUUUAAGCGUAGCGUGGCAACGGCGGCGCGUCCAACGCGGGCGGGCAGGCUUGGUUUGCUCUUCAAGGAGUGAAAUAGCACAUUCUCUGCAGAUGUUUGUAAGGCCAGGACUUAGGAAUGGAGCUAUCUGGGAGUAAGGAUGCAGCCUGAAAAAAAUGCAUUCUGAAUGAUAACUACUGCUAACUGAACAGAACUGCAAAGUUCUCAUGCUUUGGAGAUGAAGAUGAUAAAUCCAAGGAAAUAAUCCAGCUGCUACCAUUGUGACAACUGAAAGGUCCUUUGUGUCAAAAUGAACAGUUUUUGAGAAAAAUCUGGAAAGCAGUUAAAUCUGAAAAAUGGGAGAAAGAGUGAGGAGCCCAGAUUCUGAACACGACAGAAAAUCAGAUGGGGAUAAAAAUAGUGACUCCUACUAUUCAGAUGAAGAUAAUGCAUCUCAUUCAUCUGGCCAGUCACCAACACUAAGCUAUCCAUCUACAAGCCAAGAAAAAAGAGAUCACAGAACACAAACUUUAAACAGCCUUGCGCACUACCAAGCCACAAAGAAAUUGGGUUCCAAAUAUGCACCAAGUAAAAGAGGGACGCAGUGGGGUGUCCGUUCUCAGAGCCUCACUAGGGAUUCUCCUGCAAAAGAUAUAGAUCUGGUUACAAAAAGAGUUCUUUCUGCUAGGCUGCUGAAAAUCAAUGAGCUCCGAAAUGAACUGACUGAACUCCAUAUCAAACUAGAUGAGCUGCAGAAGGAAAACAGGGCACUGAAGAGGCUUCAGCACAGGCAGGAGAAAGCCUUGAAUAAGUUUGAAGAUACAGAGAAUGAAAUCUCUCAGCUCCUCGCUCGGCACAACAAUGAAAUCAGAAUAUUAAGGGAGAGACUACGAAAAUCUCAAGAGAGGGAACGUGCGACUGAGAGACGGCUGAAAGAUUCAGAAGAUGAACUGUACAGAACAAAAACUGUCUUGCAGAAACUGAAAAAGCUGUCUGCAGAUAAGCACCUUGCUGAAAGAGAGGACCUGGCAAAAAAACUAGCCAGUGCAGAAAGCAGGCUAGAGGAGAGUGAAAAGAGAAUUAAGGAUCUGGAAAAAAAUCUCGAAUUAAGUGGUAGCAGUUUUCAACGAGAGUUACAAUCAAAGAAAAAAAAGAUGUAUGAGGCUCAAGAAGAAAAUAGAGUUCUCCAAGAAGAGCUUCAUCAACUAACUCAGAAGCUGAAGGAAAAAGAAAGAGAACUUGAAGCAAAAAAUAUAUAUGCCAAUCGUAUGUUGAAGCUGUCACCAAGAAAAGACAUAGAUAUUAUACAAAGAAAAAGAGGCAACAACCAAAAUAUUAAAAAAGGUGCACAUCUCACAAAAGCUGUACAGACCAGUGGGUACUUCUCUCCAAUAGAGUUUCUUCCAGAACCAGAACCUGCCUGUGAUAACACAGUUAACAAGAAAGAAGGGAUUCUUCCUAAAAUAGAAAAAGGAAUUCCAGACAAAGAAUGGAAAGAGCAAGCAGACCUCCUAAGGCAUGACCAAGACAGGGAAAGGGAAGAGAAACUCAAACGUUUUCAGGAAAUACAGGCUUUAGAGGAGAGGGUUCAAAAACUGCAUGAUGAGUGGAAAAGGGAAGAACAUGAAAAAAUGAAAAAAGAAAGCAGCUUUUUAUUGGAUAAAGAAGAGAAAAUAAAGAUGGAGACAGAAAUCUACAAACCUGAAAUCAAGAGAGAAAGCAAUGAAACGCUGGAAGAAAGGCAAAAAAGAGAGCUCCUGCUUGCUAAAAUGCAAGAAAUUGAUAGAGAAAUUCAAAAUGGAACAAACAUGAAACCUGCUUCCCAAGCACUAAUAGUAAAUACAGCAAGAAAAUCUGAUUUCUUGGAGAAAAAAGAAAAAACUAAUAAAUUCUUGGAUAUUCCUGGCAAGGUUAGUAAUGGAUUUCCUGCAGGUGAUAGCCAGGUUGAUGCCACAAGAGCACAAGGGCAGAAGCAACAUAAUCUAAAGACUGUAGAAUUAAGUGGUGACUUAACAUUUGGUAGUUACAUACCUUCCUUUGGGAAAGGAGCAGGGAGGCCAAGUUGGCUUACUGAGAAAAGCAUCAAUGUAGAAGAAAACAUUAAGGAAAAUGAAGAUUUCAAUAGUAAGAAAGAAAAGAAGUCCAGCUUAAUGGAACAACUCUUUGGAAGCAGUGCCAGUACCAUCUCUCAUUCUAGAAAUAAAGAUACAACACCUUUUGACAUAGACUGGGACUCUAGUAGUACUCUUUUUGUUGAUAAAAACAGCAAAGUCAAAGUAAAAGAAGACAAAGAUCUUUUCAGCGAAGGAAGGAACCUAACCAGACAUAGUUUGCAGCACACUACAAGCAAGGCAGGAGUUAAGACCCUUGGUUCUUUAGAAGAUGAAAUUGAAGAAGUAAUCUUACAAUGAUAUUUUUAUCUGUUUCAUUCAUAUAUAAAACCUGAAAAUAUUUUGUGUAAUAUAUAUUAGAUAAAGAUUUGAAACAUUUCAGAUAUAUUGUAAAGCCUUGUGAAGGAAUAAUUUACCUAAAUAGGUAUAUGUAUAGUGGAAAGAUGCACUUUGAUAGAACAGCCUAACCUAUAUGCAGGACAUAUCUUCUAAAAUGUAAUAUCCAGACACAGACCUUGGAGAUCUGGCAGUGAUUUCUUUGGCUGAAAGAGAGGGAAGGUGUCCUGAGGGGCUUUGAUGAGAUAGGUGAUGGCUGCCUGCUUCAGUCACGCAGAAAAGAUGCAUUUGCCCUCACUUGGACUCCAGACCAAGCGUCACUGUUGGCCUGUGGCACCAUCUGACUUAUGCAGCUGUGGCUCAGGGUCCAAAUGGUAGGGAUGCCAUAGGAAUGGAAGGGGUUUGCAGAGGCUGACACUCCCUUGGGCCCACUGCUCACAUUCCCUCACACACCCUUCAUGCUCACUCUUGCUCUCUUGUUCUCUCUCUCUUCACCCACUUUGUCUUAGUUUGUUUCUCUGACUUUUGCCUUUGAUUGCUCUCACCCUCUCUCUUGCCAUCACUCUCUAAAUUUUUGAGACUUACUGAUACGUAAUGGUACGUACAGUAAAAUUAUUCCUCUCACAAGGGAGCAGUAUUGUUUAUUGCUGAGUGAGUUGGCUAAGAAGGCAGUAAGUUUUUAUGUGGCAGCCCUGGCAUUCAGAGCAGCUACUAGAUGAACAUCUCUGGCCAACCAGAUUAAGAAGUGUUGGGUUUUUUUACCUGUAGGCUGCUCACAGGCCUCAGAUAUUUUCUUUCCCAGACAUUCAGAGAGCCUCUUCACUCAGUCAGGAGAAGGCAUGUGUAUCAUCAGUGAAAUGGAUAGAAGAGAGGUGCUUUGCUCAAAGGCUCAGGUAGAAAGAGAAUAUUCUACACUGCAAUCAUGUUAUCUCAGAAGAAAAUCAACAAGAACACAAUUAACUCAGGAACAGGUGAUCUCGCUUCUGCAUAGGUUUUCUGUGAAUCUUAC